CUGUGACGCGGCCGGCCAGAGCUGAUUGCAGAACUUUUUUUUUCUCACUUUCUCACUAUAUAUAUGAGAUACAAAGGGUGAGAUGAAAAAUUAAUGAUAUUCUUUCUAAACAUUAGGGGGCGCUAUAAGCGUUUUACGUUGCUUGUUCGAGUCCUACGUCACUCAUGUCAGUAGCUGUGUCAAGGCGCCUACCUCAGAAACCAAAAAGGAUUCUAUAAUUUGAUCAAGAAAAAUAACAACAUAGAGAAUCCAGUCACUUUUCAAAAUAAAACUCAACGGGCAGACCCCAGAUUGGAAGCCAUUCAUGUCACGGUCUCACAACAAAAGUAGCAGCCAGUGCUCCACAAAAAGCCGGAAAAACAAAACUGUUGUUGUUUCAAUAAAGAAGUCGGCCACUAAUUUGCCUUUUUCCACCAUUCUGUGAGCAACCACGCGGCACAUGGCAUGAAUCUGUGAACAGUGAAAGGAGUUUGUUACCUCGCUGAGAACUUGAAGCAUAUCGCCUGCAGCUCUUCAUCCAACUGUGGCUGCUCCUCCUCGUUCCUUGACUCGAUACCCUGCAAUAUUUCAGCAUUUUGGAUGAACAAUAGCGAGAACACAAGUAACCGGGCUGUACUUGUGAUGUAGUCGUUUCACUGCACUGGCCCCCUGUCUAACUACCUUCCGAGGAGGGGUUUGAGAUCUUUCUCCAGUCACAGCAAUGGAUGAGGACACCCCAACCCUGAAGCCCAGACGGAUCCAAAAUCAAAACGUGGUUCAUCGUCUUGAGAGGCGCAGGAUCUGUUCGGGCCAGCCCGGAGCUCACUGGUACAGAGUGCGUUGCUUCCACCAGAACCUUUUCCCCAACUUCACUGUGGUCAACGUGGAGAAGCCCCCUUGCUUCCUAAGGAAGUUCUCACCAGACGGACGCUGCUUCAUCGCCUUCUCUUCUGACCAGACUUCUCUGGAGAUAUAUGAAUACCAAGGCUGCCAGGCGGCUCAGGACCUGCUGAGAGGUCAAGAGGGAGAGACUCUUCUAACGGCCAAUGAUCAGCGUUCUCUCAACAUCCGAGGCCGCCUGUUUGAGCGCUUCUUCUCCUUGCUCCACGUCACUAAUGUGGCCUCAAACGGAGAACACCUCAACCGGGAGUGCAGCCUCUUCACAGACGACUGCCGCUAUGUCAUUGUCGGGUCAGCUGUGUACGUCCCAGAGGAGCCGCCGCCUUAUUUCUUUGAGGUGUAUCGAAACAAUGAAUCCGUGACUCCCAACCCCCGGUCUCCUCUAGAAGACUACUCCCUCCACAUUAUCGACCUCCACACUGGCAGGCUGUGCGACACUAGGUCCUUCAAGUGUGACAAGAUCAUCCUGUCCCACAACCAAGGCCUCUACCUCUACAGGAACAUCCUGGCUGUGCUGUCGGUCCAGCAGCAGACCAUACACGUGUUUCAGGUCACUCCAGAGGGAACGUUCCUAGAUGUAAGGACUAUUGGGCGCUUCUGUUAUGAGGACGAUCUCCUGACUCUUUCAGCAGUUUACACUGAGGCUCAGGCUGAGAGUCAGCCGGGCUUCCCUCGCCUGUACACUGACAAAACCAUCAACUCCCUCAAGCACAGGCUGCUGGUCUACCUCUGGAGGAGGGCUGAGCAGGAUGGCAGCGCCACUGCCAAGAGGAGGUUCUUCCAGUUUUUUGAUCAGCUGAGGAGGUUGAGGAUGUGGAAGAUGCAGCUGUUGGAUGAGCAUCACCUCUUCAUUAAAUACACCAGCGAAGACGUGGUCACACUCAGAGUCACAGACCCCUCGCAGCCGUCGUUCUUCGUUGUGUACAACAUGGUGUCUACAGAGGUGCUGGCCGUCUUUGAGAACACCUCUGACCAGCUGCUGGAGCUGUUUGAGAAUUUCUGCGACCUGUUCAGAAACGCUACGCUGCACAGCCAGGCCGUCCAGUUCCCCUGCUCCGCUUCAUCCAACAACUAUGCACGGCAGGUCCAGAGAAGAUUCAAAGACACCAUAGUGAAUGCCAAAUACGGCGGGCACACGGAGGCGGUGCGUCGGCUGCUGGGUCAGCUGCCCAUCAGCGCCCAGUCCUACAGCAGCAGCCCCUACCUCGACCUCUCCCUCUUCAGUUAUGAUGACAAGUGGGUGUCAGUGAUGGAGAGACCCAAGACCUGCGGAGACCACCCCAUCAGGUUUUACGCACGGGACUCCGGCCUGCUGAAGUUUAAGAUCCAGGCAGGACUGCUGGGACGGCCGGUAAAUCAUGCCGUGCGUCGCCUGGUCGCCUUCACUUUCCACCCCUUCGAACCCUUUGCCAUCUCCGUCCAGCGCACCAAUGCAGAGUAUGUGGUCAAUUUCCACAUGAGGCACGUUUGUGCGUGAGGAGCUUGUGUGUCUAUGUGUGUAGCCUGAGAGAGCCUGUGGAAUGAAAUUGCAGGGCCGUUGGGCUUCUGUUAGCAGUUACUGGUGACAAUACAACAUGUCCUCCAUCAGGAGGCACAAAACAGUUUGUUCUGAUAGCCGCCCUCUCCUCCUCCCAGAGAAAUCAGCAGUCCUCUCCCUGCAUUCUCCUUCUGAUGGAAACCACUGUUCCUCUCCUCUUUUUCCCUUCCAUCACACAGUGGUCACUCCACUUCCGCCCCUCCUCCCCCUCCGCGAGAAGGCAGCAAUUCUGCCUUUUCCUUUCGUCUGCACCGCCUCGCCUCCUCUUUCCCCCUUCCUCCACUGAACAAAGAGGGACCUGUGGGGAGGAGAGGCUGGAAUAAGUGUAAAUGGAGAUGUAGAGAGAGUGAUUGAUGUGCGACGGAGGUGGGAGCUGCAGGUAGCCGGACCUCUUAGAAGGACCCAAAGGUGUUUUCUUUUUCCUACUGUGCACUGAAAGCUGCACAUUCAUAACAGAAUUGCUUAUCCAGUUGGUCCAUGACCAGCUGUCCAACAAACUUCCUUUUUUCUCACAUGAAUGGGGAAAGAGGAAAUUUUAUAUUAUAUUGUUUUUACACUUUUUUUUAAUACAUACUACCGCCUGUAUAUAUUUUAUGCCAAUAAAAUUGUCUAAAUUUUUCUGUUUUUUUUUUUUUUGCAGACAGUAAAGGGAGCUUCUUUUAGUUUUUUUGCAUUUUAAAGUAUGUAGCAGUAGCUAUGGUUCAUUAUUACUGUCAGCUCUCAUCUAUAUACUAAAUAGUAGACAGGGAAAAGCUUGGUGUGGCCAGAAACCUGAAGUAGAAUUGGUAUUGUUUGUGCUUCCCACCUCUAAAUGUUGAACUGCAGGUAGGAGAAAACAUUUGUUUUUGUGUAUGAGCAGGCAUGGGUGUGUUUUUUUUAUGCAAAUGUGAGUGAGAAAGCAUUGGAGUAUAAAAAACUAUUUCAAACAUG